ACACAUUCGACGGUUUAAAUUUUCGACCACACCAAUGACCAACCAACCUCCCCUUAACCAUGGUUAGAAACGCAGCUGGGGUUCAUGGGCCACCCCGACUCUAGGGUACAUUUGCAGCUCCGACCCCCAGAUCUGAUCCGCUUAAAGCUAGGGUUUCGAUCUCGAAGCUUUCUACCCCGAUCUGAUCCUGAUUUUUGUGUGUGCAAACGUCCGAAAUUGUUUUCUGAAAGCGGAACACAACUGGUGCGAGAAUGGAGACGCAGAGGAUUAUAGAAUUUCCGCACAAGAACAUGGAGAAACGCCCCCGGAAGAGACCUCGGCUGGCAUGGGACGUGAUGCCCCCUCCUCUUCCUCCUCCCAAGGUCCUUCCAGUAAUAUAUUGUGGGCAGGAAUUUAUAAAUGGAGCAGGCUCUAAUCACGCAUUCCCUUCUGUAUAUUACAAAGGACUUCCUCUUAAUGGAUCCUCCCCUCCAUGGCGACCUGAUGAUAAAGAUGGUCACUAUGUUUUUGCAAUUGGAGAGAAUUUAACUCCUCGCUACAGGAUUCUCAGCAAAAUGGGUGAAGGUACAUUUGGACAAGUUUUGGAAUGUUUGGACUAUGAGAGGAAAGAAGUUGUGGCUAUUAAAGUUGUCCGAUCCAUACACAAGUAUCGAGAAGCAGCCAUGAUUGAAAUUGACGUUCUACAGAAGCUUGCAAGGCAUGAUAUUGGUGGCACUCGUUGUGUACAAAUACGGAAUUGGUUUGACUAUCGUAAUCAUAUUUGUAUUGUAUUUGAGAAGCUUGGGCCAAGCUUAUACGAUUUUCUUCGCAAAAACAGCUACCGAUCUUUUCCCAUUGAUCUUGUUCGGGAGCUUGGCAGACAACUUUUGGAGUCUGUAGCAUUCAUGCAUGAUUUACGGCUCAUUCACACUGAUCUGAAGCCAGAGAAUAUUCUUCUUGUCUCCUCAGAAUGUGUAAAAGUGCCAGAUUGUAAGUUUCUAUCACGGUCCACUAAAGAUGAUUCCUUUUUCAAGAAUUUGCCCAAAUCAAGUGCCAUUAAGCUCAUUGAUUUUGGGAGUACAACAUUUGAACAUCAGGAUCACAACUAUGUGGUGUCAACAAGACAUUAUCGGGCCCCAGAGGUUAUAUUGGGUCUUGGAUGGAAUUAUCCCUGUGAUUUAUGGAGCGUGGGUUGCAUACUUGUUGAACUUUGUUCUGGGGAGGCUCUCUUUCAAACACAUGAGAACUUGGAACAUCUUGCCAUGAUGGAGAGGGUUUUGGGACCGCUACCCCAACACAUGGUGGUUCGAGCCGACAGACGCCAUGCUGAGAAGUAUUUCAGGAGGGGUGCACGGUUGGAUUGGCCUGGAGGCGCAACUUCGAGAGAAAGCAUGAGGGCAGUUUGGAAAUUGCCCCGUCUUCAGAACUUGGUAAUGCAGCAUGUGGAUCAUUCUGCCGGUGAUCUGAUUGAUCUCUUGCAAAGGCUCCUCCGAUAUGAACCAGCGGAGCGUCUUAAAGCCAGGGAAGCCCUAAGACAUCCCUUCUUCACCAGAGAUUCCAGGAGAUGUGGCUAUUCAUUCUUGUAAAAUUGAAGCUUUGUCAAAUUUGUUUGCAUUAAAAGUGAAAAAAAAAAAAAAAGUUGGGAGUAGAAGAUGUAUUGGCCCAUUAUACUCUAUAAUUCUAUAUUGAAUUGUUCCAUCAUCACUGUAUAUAGCGGAGUGUAUAACCUCACUUGCCCUCCAGAUCGUCAUCUUUUUCUUUUGAAGACUGCUAAAAUUUCUGGCUUAUUGUACUCUUGUGGUGGAGAUUAUUAUUAUUAUUAUAAUUAUUUUUUAGCAUC